AUGGGCGGAUGGAAGGGGCCGGGGCAGCGCCGGGGAAGGGAAGGGCCGGAGGAGUGGCGGCCGGCAGCCGAGAGGGGCGGCGGUGGCGGGAUUCCCGCGCCCCUGAGCCCGACCCGAGAGCCCUUUCCACCUUUCUACCUUCUGCUCUCGCCGCCCCGGGUCGCCGCCAUGACGCCCGAUCUGCUCAACUUCAAGAAGGGAUGGAUGUCAAUCCUGGACGUGCCCGGAGAGCCCCGCUCCCCACCGCUCACCACCGUCUCUCCUUCACAGUGGAAGAAACACUGGUUUGUGCUGACCGAUUCAAGCCUCAAAUAUUACAGGGACUCCACUGCUGAGGAGGCAGAUGAGCUGGAUGGUGAGAUUGACCUGCGCUCCUGCACAGACGUCACCGAGUAUGCAGUGCAGCGCAACUACGGCUUUCAGAUCCACACCAAGGAUGCUGUGUAUACCUUGUCGGCAAUGACUUCGGGCAUCCGGAGGAACUGGAUCGAGGCUCUGAGGAAGACCGUGCGUCCCACCUCAGCCCCAGACGUCACCAAGCUCUCAGACUGCAAUAAGGAGAACACUCUGCACAGCUACGGCACCCCGAAGGGCUCCCUGAAGGCGGGGGAGCAGCGAAUGGGCUCCGAGGUCAUCGGCCGGGGCGGCCCUCGGAAGGCAGACGGACAGCGGCUGUCCCUGGACUACGUGGAGCUCUCCCCGCUGACUCAAGGGUCCCCACAGCGGGCCCGCACCCCGGCUCGCACUCUUGACCGUCCGGCCAAGCAGGAGGAGCUGGAGCGGGACCUGGCCCAGCGCUCUGAGGAGCGACGCAAAUGGUUCGAGGCCGUGGACAGCAGGGCCACGGAGGCACCAGCUGGUGAGGGGCCGCGCCGGGCUCUGGGCGCCCCCCUGACGGAGGACCAGCAGAGUCGGCUCAGCGAGGAGAUUGAGAAGAAGUGGCAGGAGCUGGAGAAGCUGCCCCUGCGGGAGAACAAACGGGUGCCUCUCACCGCCCUGCUCAAUCAAAGCCGCGGGGAGCGCCCGGGGCCCCCAAGUGACAACCAUGAGGCCCUGGAGAAGGAGGUCCAGUCUCUUCGUUCCCAGCUGGAGGCGUGGCGUGUCCAAGGGGAAGCUCCUCAGGGUACACCCCAGUCCCAGGACGAUGGUCAUAUCCCCCCAGGCUACAUCUCGCAGGAGGCGUGCGAGCGCAGCCUGGCAGAGAUGGAGUCUUCGCACCAGCAGGUAAUGGAGGAGCUGCAGCGGCACCACGAGCGGGAGCUGCAGAGGCUGCAACAGGAGAAGGAGUGGCUCCUGGCCGAGGAGACAGCAGCCACGGCCUCAGCCAUUGAAGCCAUGAAGAAGGCCUACCAGGAGGAGCUGAGCCGGGAGCUGAGCAAGACACGGAGUUUCCAGCAGGGCCCAGAUGGCGUCCGGAAGCAGCACCAGUCAGAUGUGGAGGCGCUGAAGCGAGAGCUGCAGGUGCUAUCGGAGCAGUACUCACAGAAGUGCCUGGAGAUCGGGGCCCUGACGCGGCAGGCCGAGGAGCGCGAGCACACGCUGCGGCGCUGCCAGCAGGAGGGCCAGGAACUACUGCGCCACAACCAGGAGUUGCAUGCCCGCUUGUCCGACGAGAUUGACCGGCUGCGUGGCUUCAUCGCCUCGCAAGGAACGGGCAACAGCUGUGGGCGCAGCGAACGGAGCUCCUGUGAGCUGGAGGUGCUGCUGCGAGUGAAGGAGAACGAACUUCAGUACCUGAAGAAGGAGGUGCAGUGCCUCCGGGACGAGCUCCAGAUGAUGCAGAAGGACAAGCGCUUCGCUUCAGGAAAGUACCAGGACGUGUAUGUGGAGCUGAACCACAUCAAGACGCGGUCAGAGCGGGAGAUCGAGCAGCUGAAGGAGCACCUGCGUCUUGCCAUGGCUGCCCUGCAGGAGAAGGAGGCGAUGCGCAACAGUGUGGCCGAGUAGAGGUCCUUAUGGUCCAACCCCGCUGCAGACCCCUGAGCCCAAGGGGACCAGUUGCCCUCCUUCCCUGCUGGAUGGAAGUCAGAAGCCAAGCUUUCUUCUCACCCUCUGUGGGCCACACGUGCAGUCACCACCACACACGCACAGACGCACACACUACACACGCACAGGUGCACACACACACACACACACACACACACACACUGCGUAUCUGAGCGCGCCCCUCGCACUGGGUCUUACCUUGCACCUUCUUCAGGAUUUUAUAUGUGAAGAGAUUUUUAUAUAGACUUUUUUCUUUUUUUUUUCCCCAAAACCCUUUGUACUUUUUAAAAAGCAAUUCCUGGUGGCCAUGUGCCUCCAAUACUGGCUCCCCCUCUGUCUCCAGCCUCCUGCUUGGGCUUCUGGACUCAUGGCCCUGUCCCCGGGUCUAGAAGCAACCAUGGCGGCGUUGACUCUGGUGGGAGAGGCAAGGAGCCAGCUACCCUCCUCCUAUCCUACCCCCCACUAACUACUUCCUGCCCUGGGGGGACCCAUACCCUGGGACUCUGGACUGAGGGACAGAUGGACAGAGGGAGCCAGCCGCUAUCCCCAUGGCCCCACCUCCUCCGCUGAGGGGGUCCUGGGCGUGGAGGCGCUGGGGCCGCCCCAUGAAGGCAUUUCUCUCCUGGUCCAUCAGCCUUCUUAACUUAAUAAAAUGUUGCAGCAGCUCUGGUGUCCUGCAAGGC